AUGAUACUGAAAGACCUAGAAGCCGUGGAUAAACCAGUUAAGAAGGAUCCGGAGGAAAGUACAACUGUGUCAUCGCCCGGUGUUGUUAGGAUUCCUGCUCAGCAAAAUCCAGUACCUGCCUCUCCUCAUAUGUCCGACCAACGCUCAAUUCCUUCAAGACUUGAGCAGUCCCCAUAUGUUUCUCCUUCUGGUGUGCAUAGUUUACAUACUGCAAAUGGUGAUCUUACGACACUCAACACUAUGAGUGGAAUGCACACAGUUGCCGGUGCGAAUAUGAUUGGUUCAUAUAAUCCUACAGCUGUCAGUUUGGCAGCUAGUCUCGCUGCAGCAGCGACAGCUACCUCACGGGUGCUUACUACUACGAAGACUGAAUUAGGGGCACCUUUAUGCUCGGGGUCUGUAGGUGGUAUUUUGCCGAUAAAUUCCGAUGUACUCGGAGUAAAAGCGAGCGUUGCGGAGGGACAGCAGUUUGUUUCAGGGAAUCAGCCCGUCACUUCAGAUUGGCAGUCGAACAUGAUUUCAUCAGGUUACAAUUCCUCACCUUCUCCGAUCGGUAUGGCUACAGGGAGUCGUGCUCGAAACGAGACCGAUGACAGUUCCCAUAAGCGGCAAGUUCGACUGCUUAAGAAUAGGGAGGCAGCAAAAGAAUGCCGAAGGAAAAAGAAGGAGUAUGUGAAAUGCCUGGAAAAUAGGGUUUCAGUGCUUGAGACUCAAAAUAAAGCACUUAUUGAGGAACUUAAAACGCUUAAGGAACUGUAUUGCAGGAAAGAAAAAACUGAGUUGUGA